AUGGCAUUUUCCGAGAACGCACUGAUACCGGAGGCCAGCCAGAUGGAAGCCCAUACCCUACCCUUCACCGCUGAAUCCGGCCAGCUGUUCGGGAAAGACCUGAACUUGGAUAUGUUUGAAAUUGAAGAGAAGAAGCUGGCCAGGGGAAGGUUUGCUCGGGUCUAUCUUGCUAAGGAUCGCGAGACAGGGCUGGAGUACGCCCUAAAGACCAUGAAUAAGACCGAUCUACGUCAUGAAAAAGUCGAAGAACAAGCUCGCGGCAGCAUCAAGAUCCAAAGCGAGAUGGAUCACCCAAACGUACUCAGAGUGUUUGGGCAAUAUGAGGAUGACAGAAAUAUAUACGUCCUCAUGGAGCUAUCCAGAAAGGGCAGUCUGUAUGAUCUCUUGCAAAAUAAUAUGAAGCUUCCCGAACCCCAGGCUGCCAAGCUGGUUGCACAGUUGGCAAAGGCACUCACAUAUAUCCAUGGGAAGAACAUUCUUCACCGGGAUAUCAACCCUGAAAACAUUCUUAUCGGAUCUGAUGAUGAGAUGAAAGUUUCAGGCUUCAUCUGGAGCAAGCCCAUGGUAGAUGGUCGUUGCUCGGGAUUGUGCGGGUUGCUGGAUUAUCUCGCGCCCGAAUUAUUAAGAGGUGCCAAGAACUACGAUACUAUGAUAGAUGUCUGGUGUCUGGGAGUUCUGACUUUCGAAUUACUUGUUGGAAGAGCUCCAUUUGAGGAUGAUUUGAAAAUUACACAGAAAAGGAUCAAGAACUUGGAUAUGAAAGUUCCCUCUUCUGUGAGCGCAGAGGCCACAGACUUGAUUCACAAGGUUCUCGUUUUGGACCCUGGCAAACGAUUAUCUCUGGAAGAAAUUCAAAAACACCCUUGGAUUCUCAUGCAUAACUAG